AUGGUGUACAGGAAGAUAAUCUCCUCCUUUUAUAACUUCGUUGUCCUCAAACUGUAUCCAGGAAUCAAGGAUGCAUUAUUCUGUGGGGAUGUUAUUGAAUCACAUGUUAAGCAGAGGGCCAAGAAGGAAGGUUGUGAAGCUCUGGCACAUCCUACCUUGUAUGAUGCUGUGGGCAGGGAAUGGUGUUCGGUGUGUUUGUCGAAAGUAAUGGAGGGAGAGGAAUCACGAGUUCUUCGUCUUCCUUGCCUACAUGAGUUUCAUAAGAUAUGCAUCAAGAGGUGGUUCCAUGAAUGCCAGAAAACCUGUCCAAUCUGCCAGUUCUGGUUGAGAGAUGAUGAUGGUCAAACAACAGAAGUGCUUACCGAGGAGAUGGUAAUAUGGUUCACUUCCUUUCAUGUUGUUGGUUACUGA